AUGGCGUCGCAAAUAUCCAGCUCUGACGUUGGGCUACCGCCAAACUCCUACAUCUACAGGAUCAUUUCCACCGCACCGCGGCUAGAUCCGCUUUCAUACUCCAAGACUGAUCAACUUGCCAUCAUCUCAUCUGACGACUCUCUGCGCUAUAUAGAUCCAGCCACCUUGAACGUGAAUGGCGUGGUCAAAACUGUCAACAACAGCGUCACCUGUCUGGAAAGGGCAAACGAUGCACCAAGCAAUGUCAUUGCAACGGCUGGAAGAGAUGGGCUUAUCAGAUUCUGGGACAACAGAAGUAGACAGAAGGUCUUAGAAAUUCAGAGCCCGAACAAGCUUGUCUCAUCUCUCGUUUGCGAUGCGCAGAAAAACUUCGUAGCCGCUGGUAUCGAGAAUCCAGACGACGGGCCUCACGAAUCUCCCGUCUACGUUUGGGAUCAGCGCAACACAUCAGCGCCUCUGCGCUCGUUCUUCGAGUCACACACAGACACAGUCACAUCUCUCCAGUUGCAUCCGACACUUCCUACGCUACUUUUGUCCUCUAGCACAGAUGGUCUAGUGAAUAUCUUCGAUACGUCUCAAUCCGAAGAGGAAGACGCACUUUACCAAGUCAUCAACCAUGGAUCUGCCAUCGCACAUGCAGGAUUCAUGUACCCAAGCACCGACAUAUUCGCACUCGGUACUGACGAAACAAUGAGCUUCUAUGCCCUGCAAAGUCAGGAGGAGGAAGAAGAGGAACCGACGCCGAAGGCUUUUGGUGAUGUGCGGGAGCCGCUUGGAUGUGAGUAUUUGGCGAAGAUGCAUUGGGUUGGUAGCCAACCAUUUCUUGCUACAGGGAAGCACAGCGAGAGACGUCUCGAUCUGGUACCCGUGUGCAAAGGAGUGGGUGGACCGUUGCAAUAUGAAUACGAUAUCGCAAAGAGCGUCAGGCUAUCAAGUGCACAUGGCGAGGAGGUCGUGCGAGAUUUAUUCACCGACACUCACUCUCAGACUACCUACACCGUUGGCGAAGAUGGACACGUCCGCGCCUGGAAGACUGAAGCAUCUACUGACGAGACUAUGGUGGUCGAUGAGGAGGCAGAUACUAGGAAGAAGGACAAGAAAGACAGGAAAGAGAAGCGCAAGGAGAAGAAAGAGAAAAAGGACAAGAAGAGGUAUGAGCCAUACUAA